AUUCUAAAUCAGAAAGGAAAACUUGGUGCUUAAACAAGUUAAUCAAAACCAGAGUCGGCGAGGAGUCGUUAUUCUAGUAAAAUCCUCAACCACAACGCCUACGCGAUUCUCUUCCAAUCCAGGAAGCCUCUGCCUUCACAACAAUUAUAGAUAUCUUCCAUUUCUCGAUCCUUCAAUACUUAUAGAUCCGUUAACCCGUGUUCUUGUAACGCAGGUUCUGGUUUAAAUCGAUUCCGUGAAUGUGUAAAAUUGAGAUUUCUUUCGAGAUCCAUGAACCCAUUUUUUAGACUCGGUCCGAGUUUCAGAGCAAAUCGAGGAUCCUGCCAAGUCUGGUCACAUAAAAUUGCCGCAUUCCCUGAGAAUUAGGGCUUUUUAUUUUUAUCUUCUUUUUUUUUUUAAGUUUAGGGCUAAGAGUAUGGCGGUUGUCCAAAAGUGGAGGGAGGGCAUGUCCUCGGAUAAUGUUAAGGGUUUGGUUUUAGCGCUUUCUUCGAGUUUAUUUAUUGGGGCAAGUUUCAUUGUUAAGAAAAAAGGCUUGAAGAAAGCUGGUGCUUCUGGCAUCAGGGCAGGGGUUGGAGGGUAUUCUUACUUGCUUGAGCCUCUUUGGUGGGCAGGCAUGAUAACAAUGGUCGUGGGUGAAAUUGCUAAUUUUGCAGCAUAUGCAUUUGCCCCAGCUAUUCUGGUCACUCCUCUUGGUGCCCUCAGCAUCAUUAUCAGUGCGGUACUUGCGCAUAUCAUUUUGCGGGAAAGAUUACAUACUUUUGGGAUUCUUGGUUGUAUUUUGUGUGUUGUGGGCUCUACAACAAUUGUAUUACAUGCUCCCCAAGAACGUCAGAUUGAAUCUGUAACAGAAGUUUGGGAUCUUGCUACAGAACCAGGCUUUCUGUUUUACACAGCUUUGGUCUUAACAGCUGUCUUCAUACUUAUAUAUCAAUUUGUUCCACAAUACGGACAGACACAUAUUAUGGUUUAUAUUGGAGUUUGCUCUCUUGUUGGUUCCAUUUCGGUAAUGAGUGUUAAAGCACUUGGUAUUGCGUUGAAGUUAACCUUUUCAGGAACGAAUCAGCUUGUAUAUCCUCAGACAUGGGCCUUUACUUUAGUUGUGAUUACUUGUGUGCUUACCCAAAUGAAUUAUUUAAACAAGGCGCUUGAUACUUUCAACACUGCUGUUGUUUCUCCCAUAUACUAUGUUAUGUUCACGUCACUGACCAUUUUGGCUAGUGUAAUCAUGUUUAAGGAUUGGGAUGGACAGAGUCCUACUCAGAUUCUGACAGAGAUGUGUGGGUUCGUGACCAUCCUUUCAGGAACUUUUCUUCUUCACAAAACCAAGGAUAUGGCUGAUGAGGAAGAAUGUUGCAGUGUUACCCUGUCCUGGUUUGUCAACAUCUUUGUCAAUGAGAUCAUUAAAGCAUGAAGAAGACGAUGGCUUCAGUGAAGGCAUUCCUCUUAAGCGGCAGGAUACAUAGAGAACAUGUUUAAUUGAAAAUUAAGGCCACCACUGCCAUUCCUACAAUGCUCAAAAAUAGCUACUGGGGAGAGACCCGUUAGAUGCCAACUUGUAUUUUUAUUGACCGACUUUAGUCCGUGCUAUUCAUUAUUUGGAGACAGUUGGAGGUGAGAUUUUCUUUGGCUCUUACCCCCUUCUGCCUUCAAGCAUGAGACUGUAGAUUGAAGCUUUUGCCUUGUAUACAGGAAAUAUGGCCUAUGUAAUGUAAUGUAAUGUUGAGCGCAGUGGCUAUACAUAGCGUUAUCUUUUGCUUUGUUCUGCCAUCAAUGUCAAUUGGACGGGGAUUCUCACCCUGCGAACCUCUGAAAGGAAUCAUAUACGAUACCAGUACAUGCAUAUCUUUUGCUUUU